AUGGGCCAACAGAUCCUCGUCACUACGGAUGAACUGGGAGUCCCGACUCUCCGCACCUAUCAACCCUCCAGCGAAGAGACUCCUACCACGGCUAUACCACCCGAGACGGUUGAAAACCUCCCAUCGGAAUGCACGUUUGUCUUUGUCCACCCUGACCACCUCGAGUCUGUGUUCCAUAAUGCCAAGAACCACGAACAAAUCGCCAAGCACAUGCGGAGACUCCGACUGGUCCUUCUAAACCCAGUCGCGAACGUUUCACUCACAGACACAGAGGCGAAUGGGGGUUCUGAGGGCCCGAACAUCUCACCACUCUUCGACAAAUGGUGGGUUGCAUCUCGAGCUAUCCCUCGAGGUCAUCAGAUCGAACACUUGAUCUUUGAUGUGUAUUCACCGCAAAAUAUCCAGAGAAGGGAGAUUGUGAGGGUGCUGCAGGGAUUGAGCACAACGCUUGCUUUGAAAUCGGAUGACCAUUUCCAAUGCUCUGUUGAAGGUUGUGAUGAGGAGAGAAAGGAGUGGUUGGAGAAAUCCUUGGUGGAUCGGAAGAGGUCAAAGGAUUAG